UGUGUGUGUUGGGGGUGGCUACCCUGCAAAGCGCUCAAGUGGUCCACUGGUUCAUCUGGAGGAAUUUGCGCCGCACCAAACUUUCCACUCCGGGACGGACUGCGCGUCUUGGUCGUUCGGAAAUAGAAAAAAAAAGAAAUACUCAGUUCGUUCACAUGAGCGGACGGAGCUGACCCACAUCCUGACCUCAGCUUUGUCCAGUCGGUCCGGUAUGGCUGUGCGGUCCAGGACGGGAUACUACCGACAGGAGGUAAACAGAACCGCGUGGGAAGUGCCGGAGAGGUACAGGGACCUGAAGCAGGUCGGGACAGGAGCCUACGGGACCGUGUGUUCAGCAUGGGACCGCCGGAUGGGGACGCAGGUGGCCAUUAAGAAACUUCAUCGGCCCUUCCAGUCUAAACUUUUUGCCAAAAGGGCCUACAGGGAGUUGCGACUCCUCAAACACAUGAAGCACGAAAACGUAAUCGGGUUGAUGGAUGUUUUCACUGCAGAGAUCGCAUUGGACCGCUUGCGUGACUUUUACCUGGUGAUGCCGUUCAUGGGCACUGACCUCGGCAAGCUGAUGAAGCUGGAGAGAUUGUCAGAAGACAGAGUGCAGUUCCUCGUCUAUCAGAUGCUGAGAGGACUCAAGUAUAUCCACUCUGCAGGGAUCAUCCACAGGGACCUUAAACCUGGAAAUUUAGCCAUCAACCCGGACUGUGAGCUAAAGAUUCUUGAUUUUGGCCUGGCGAGGCAGGCCGACGCGGAGAUGACCGGCUACGUUGUGACGCGCUGGUACCGAGCACCCGAGGUUAUCCUCAACUGGAUGCACUACACACAAACGGUGGAUAUUUGGUCGGCAGGUUGUAUCAUGGCAGAGAUGCUGCUGGGGAAACCGCUAUUCAAAGGAAGUGAUCACCUGGACCAGCUCAAAGAAAUCAUGAAGAUUACAGGAACCCCAGCAGCUGACUUUGUUGUGAAGCUACAGAGCCAAGAUGCCAAAAACUACAUCAGAAGUCUGCCAAAAGUUCCAAAAAAAGACCUGCAUUCCCUUUUCUCCAAAGCUAGCUUGAAUGCGGUGUGCGUCCUGGAAAAGAUGCUGCUCCUGGACCCGGAGCGGAGGGUGAGCGCCUCUGAGGCGCUCGACCUGCCUUUCUCCAGCGAGUACAGAGAUGCUGAGGAGGAGACGGAGGCGCUGCCUUAUGAUCAGACCAUGGACAACACGGACCUGCCCUUGGACCAGUGGAAACGUCACACUUUCACAGAGAUACUGACCUUCAGGCCGCCCAGGGACACCAGAGAGACGUCACUUUAAGAGCACACACAUACACACAUUGGGCACACAUACACAUCUGUGCCCAAAAACACUAUGUUCUUGUUGACUUUGCUUGUGUUUGUGUACGAGUAAUAGAUAUGAUUAGUUUGUUAAAGUUUCAAUAAAUGUGAUAUGCUCAGUU